AUGAUAAAAAAUUUCAAAGUCAAGUCAAGGGCCAAAACAAAAGAAGAAAAGUGGAAGUUGUUCCAUGCCACCGAUUUUCAAUCUUUGAUGUAUCCCAACUUUUUCAUAAGCAAAAUUCUCGGAACAUUUCCGUACAGAAUUAAGGAUUCGACUUUUAAAACAUCUAAACCGCGUUACAUUCUAUGGACUGUUAUUCUUUGCGUAAUUUGUGCUUAUGAGUUGACAAUGUUAUAUAAACUCAAUUUCUCUGGAAAAAGGAUUGAUGUUACUAGAACUAUAUCGUUCAAUUUUUCCUUUUUACUUGGAUUGUUUGCAACGAUCAUCUCUUAUGCCCUGAUCGGUCCACGAAUGCGUUUACUUCAGACUAUAUCAGAUAUUUCAUCGAGAUUGCCACAGAAGUCAUAUCAAAAAUUAUCUAAAUUAAUACACGCUAAGGACAUUUUCGGUUUUUUCUUUCACUUUUUGCUAGCGUUAAUAUUAUAUUUUUCAUAUACUGAUAAAAAUGUGUUCGGUUUAUUAAAUAUCUUUAGAAUAUUCAUCAGCUUGUUGGGAUUUCAAAUGGAUAUGUUAUACGUAAAUUGCGUUUGCAUCUUAAAGGCCUGUUUUAAGGAAAUCAAUAAUAAUCUGGAGAGUAUGCAGGAGUUUGUGAUGAAUAAUAUUCAUAGAUGGAUCUAUUAUGAGCAGAGACAUCCGUUGCUGAUAAAACUUAAGGCUCUAAAGAAACAUCAUCUGAUGAUAAGUGACACAGUGCAGAUGCUAAACAUGAUUUUCAGUCUGCAUCUUCUCGCUGUCAUAGUUUUAGUCUUUAAGCACACAAUAUUCUAUGUGUAUUUCAAUGUAAUACAAUGGCAAAACGGGAUAUCCUUGAAUCAAGACAGGAUUUAUAAUGCAUACUUCAUAUCAAUCGUAACAUAUUACUUUACAAGAUUUGUAAUGAUAGUGUGGGCUUGCGAAACUGGUAAAAAUGAAGCGAGAAAAAUUGGUCCUAUUAUUCACGAUGUACAUAACAACAUCAGCGAUGUGCAAAUAAAAGAUGAGUUAAAUUUGUUCUCCUUGCAAAUAUUGCAUUGCGAUAAUACAUUCUCCGCGAAAGGUCUCACUAUAGAUGCGACGUUGCUCACUGUGAUGGUGAGUAGCGUUUUCACGUAUUUAUUAAUCUUAAUACAAUUUUUGAUCAUAACGCAUUCUUGCGACAGCAAGACAGAUGCAAUUAAUUAUACACAAAUCGAAAAUGAUAAUCAUAAGAUGUCGAUGUUGCUUCAUAGCUAA